CGGAAGAGGCGGUGCCGAGCGCUGGUUGAGCCGGGCGUCUCCAGGCCGGGGCGGCGGUGGCGCACGCUGCAUCUUAAACCAGUUCAGUUACAUAUUUGUCUCCAUUGUCAAACGCAAGGCACUGCUAGAUGCUGAGAGCAACACACUGAUGCAAAAGACUUGAAACUUGCCCUUAAGGAGCUAAUGUGGCCUGAAAGUGUAAGUUCAUAAACUAUUGUAAUGCAAAGUGGGAUGUGAUAAUGUCAUAGAAAAGUUACUGUAAAAAAAAAAAAGUUUGUUGGAUUUUUAAAGAAAGACAGGACAUCUAAUUGAAAAUUUCUACAUAUAAUAGGGUCUUUGGAGAUGAGUCUUGAAAGCUGAGUGGAUAGAAUGAAAAUGAAAUGUAGGUCUGUCAUGUGAAUUAAGGCACUGGGACCUGGUGGCAGCUUCAGAAGCUGGGGUUUGUGCGGUAGGUUUUGAGGAGCUGUGGAUGGGAAACUCUGGUUGAAGUAGAGCUUCUUAAUCCUAGCUGCACAUUAGAAUCACCUGGAGAGCUUGGGCAACUACUGAUGCUUGAUUUAAUUGCUUGAUUUAAUGGCCUGGGUAUUGAGAUUUUAAAAAGCAGCUCCCCAGGUGAUUCCCAUGUGCAGACAAGAUGGAGAAGAGUAACCUAAAACCUGAAUCAUUAUAAAAUCAUCUCUCACCCCAUUUACAAAUGUUUACACUGGAAGAAACAAACUUAAUUGUUCAGCAUUAAAUAAGGUAAUGUGUAAGGACCUAAUACAAUAUGUAAUAGGCGCUCAAUGAAUGUAAAUUGAUUGUGACUUUCAUUCUUAGUUUAUUUGGGAGUCACACAUCUGAGAAUUUGGUUUCAGAAUUACCGUUUUCUUAUAGGAUUUUUACAUAAAACUUCAGAGUGUUCUUAGGAUUCUCCAUAACCCAUUUAUCGACCACCCUCCACUUCCAUUUACUCCCAGUUGAGAAGUCUGGCUCUAAAAUUUUCAAAGUAGAACUUGAAAGUGUGUGUAUAUGUGUACCUUUGCACGCUUUUGUUCUGUUUUUAAAUAUCUUGCUGUCACACUUAAAUUGACCUAAUGUUGAGUGUCCCUAGCAGGAUUAAUUUCAUAGCAGGUAAGAGGAAGAACUGGAGGGGGAUAGAAAAUGAAAGAAUAGAAGAAGCGAAAGAAGAAGGGAGAAACAAAAACAAAACAAAUCCAAGAAGAUGCUUAGAUGUUUAUUAUGAGACAUGGUGUGCUCAACUCUCAUAUGAUGUUGGUAUUCCACCUUGACUCCUCCCAGGGGGUGAGGGCAGUCAGAUAAGGCUUCUCACACUGCUGGGGCCUUGCAAACACUCCUUUAACCACAUGGCUCUGUUAGGCUGUCCUAAAGAAAGUAAUAGGCAGCUGUAGAUUGAUUGACUAUAUGUUAGGAUGUGUUUGACUUAGCUGGUAAUAAUGGAAAUUUGGAAUUAAAAUUUGGUGAGGGUCCUGACACCAUCUUCUGGGUUUUUUUGUUUUUGUUUUUUUUUCUGCAGAUGGCAGGAUCUCUAUAGUAUAUCUAGCAUGAGUUCCAGAUCUUGGCAUUUUAUCCAGCUUCGACACUCUUAUCUCCACCUCCUGGAGAAUAAAUGGGAUUUGCAUGAAUUCCACAUUCUGAAUUGAAAGACAGACUGCAUUGCUAAUAGCCUUUUCUUCUGAUUGUUAAUAACAGCUCCAGAAAAUUAAAUGUCGUCAGAAGACCGAGAAGCUCAGGAGGAUGAGUUGCUGGCCCUGGCGAGUAUUUACGAUGGAGAUGAAUUUAGGAAAGCAGAGUCUGUCCAAGGUGGAGAAACCAGGAUCUAUUUGGACUUGCCGCAGAAUUUCAAGAUAUUCGUGAGCGGCAAUUCAAAUGAGUGUCUCCAGAAUAGUGGCUUUGAAUACACCAUUUGCUUUCUGCCUCCACUUGUGCUGAACUUUGAACUGCCACCAGAUUAUCCAUCCUCCUCCCCACCUUCAUUCACACUUAGUGGCAAAUGGCUGUCACCAACUCAGCUGUCUGCUCUUUGCAAGCACUUAGACAACCUGUGGGAAGAACACCGUGGCAGCGUGGUCCUGUUCGCUUGGAUGCAGUUUCUUAAGGAAGAGACCUUAGCAUACCUGAAUAUUGUCUCUCCUUUUGAGCUCAAGAUGGGUUCUCAGAAAAAGGUGCAGAGAAGGAUGGCUCAAGCCUCCCCCAGCACAGAGCUAGCUUUUGGAGGAGCUGCUGGAUCCGAUGUUGACCAAGAGGAAGUUGUGGAUGAGCGAGCGGUGCAGGAUGUGGAAUCGCUGUCGAGUCUGAUCCAGGAAAUCUUGGACUUCGAUCAAGCUCAGCAGAUUAAAUGCUUUAACAGUAAAUUGUUCCUGUGCAAUAUCUGUUUCUGUGAGAAGCUGGGUAGCGAAUGCAUGUACUUCCUGGAGUGCAGGCACGUGUACUGCAAAGCCUGUCUAAAGGACUACUUUGAAAUCCAGAUCAGAGAUGGCCAAGUUCAGUGCCUCAACUGCCCAGAACCCAAGUGCCCUUCGGUGGCCACUCCUGGUCAGGUCAAAGAGCUAGUGGAAACAGAGUUAUUUGCCCGCUAUGACCGCCUUCUCCUCCAGUCCACCUUGGACUUGAUGGCAGAUGUGGUGUAUUGUCCCCGCCCCUGCUGCCAGUUGCCUGUGAUGCAGGAGCCCGGUUGCACCAUGGGCAUCUGCUCUAGUUGCAAUUUUGCCUUCUGUACCUUGUGCAGAUUGACUUACCACGGGGUCUCUCCAUGUAAGGUAACUGCUGAGAAAUUAAUAGACCUACGAAAUGAGUACCUGCAAGCAGAUGAGGCCAAUAAAAGAUUUUUGGAACAGAGGUAUGGCAAGAGGGUGAUUCAGAAGGCGCUGGAAGAGAUGGAAAGUAAGGAAUGGCUAGAAAAGAACUCAAAGAGCUGCCCGUGUUGUGGGACUCCCAUAGAGAAAUUAGAUGGUUGUAACAAGAUGACAUGUACUGGAUGUAUGCAAUAUUUCUGUUGGAUUUGCAUGGGUUCUCUCUCUAGAGCAAACCCUUAUAAACAUUUCACUGAUCCUGCUUCCCCGUGUUUUAAUCGGUUGUUCCAUGCUGUGGAUGUUAAUGGAGAUAUUUGGGAAGAUGAGAUUGAAGACUAGUUAACUCCUGCUCAAGAUAAGGAAAUGGAAUGGUUUACCCAAAUCUUGUGUCAAGUACACAAAAUAGUUUUGCAGGAUAUUUAGGGUACCAUUUAUGCACUCAUCCUUUGUAGAAGAUGUGGAAGAACAAGGUUUAUAUUUCCAUGUGGUACUACUGAUAAAGGCACAUGCACACGUUUUUCAGUGUAACAUAGAGAAAAUUAUAAGCCAAAGGUUCAAUGAAAACUAGAGAAUAUUAAAUACUACAGUGUGCCCGAAGCUCUGAAUAGUUAAAAAGUAAAUAUUUAUUUUCUUCCCCAAGCUUUAGGUGAAGAGAGGAGUCAAGAGUUAAAGUUAUAGACCUUUUUAUCUGAAAGCAUCCCUCUAAGACAUUAUGGGGGAGUCCCCUCAGUACUGCUCCUUAUGACUGGGGUAGGUAGAAAGAAGCCUUAUUAAAAUUGUACCAAGAGCCUGAUCUCAUUUACUCCAGGUCAUGUUCCUUUCACCCUAAGUUUCUGCCAAGUGACUUUUCUUUGAGGAAUCCCUUUUACUCAGUAACUGAUUGGAUGACCCAGUGUCAUUUUGAUCUGCUUUUCCGAAUAGAAAUUUAUAGAUAAUUUAAAAAAUCUUUUUAAUGCCAAAAACACUGUGGGCCAGCUGGUAUUUAUUAGUGGUGUAUAGUUCACUGGUUUUGAGCCCAGUCUAGAAUUUAAUGAUACUGGCUCAGAAGAAUUUCAGUCCUAUUCAGCUCUUCUGGGUGGUAGAGCCUAGAUUCAAAAUGACUUGUCUUUGCUACCCUUUGUUCUACGCUGUCUCCCUUCACUCAUGCCCUACCUUCCAUUAGUAAGGACAAUUUUAAUAUUAACUCCAGCUCAUAUUUUUAUUUAUGCUGGAAUAGGAGAAAGCCUAAUAUAUUCCCAAGCUGAACAAGCUGCAUUUUUAAAAAUUACCUCUAUUUUGAACUCCCCACCAUUGUAGUUUGAGUCCUAAUUUUCUGAAUUCUUUUUAAAGGUCUUCUCUAAUGAGCUAUGGAAAUUUGGCUUCCUACCCUUUUUUGCAACAGCACUAUUUUGGGGGAUAAUUUUGGCUUGAUUCCUAGAUCCCUGUUUCUGGAUUUUGAUGGCUUUUUGAAAAAUUGUCUUUCCUUGUGGUUUGGUGAAUGACUUGGUAGCAAAAUGAUUUUUUGAAAAAGAGGACAGAGGGAUACAGCUGCAGCUGUGAACAUGUUCUUUUUUCCCAACUUGUCAUUGAAAAUUGGGGAAUCACUUUUAACCAUUUUAUGUGUGUGUAUCCAGAGUCAGCAAAGACUGUUUCUGGAUUGUCAAUGAGGCUGCUUAAUCUUAAAAAUAAAAAUAAUUUAAAAAUUGUCUUAUAAUUA